UAUAGCAAAUAAUCAAAAACCCGGCUGACCGAUUAUUACGUCUGUUUGAAAUUAGGGUUGCUAUGUAAGCGAAGGUAGUUUGGCGGCAGCAGCAGCAGCGCGACUAUUAAUAUUGUAUUUCAGUAUUUUUUCAAAAUCAUUACCGCAGAGGUGCUUGUCUGCCCGGAGAGCAGAGGCUACAGAGCUGUUUACUCACUUCGAAAUGGCGUUUUGGGGUGUUGAAGUCAAAAGUGGCAAACCAGUUACUCUUAACUAUGACUCAGAGAAAGGAAGACUUCAUCUUACCCAGGCCACCCUAGGGCUUGGUUCUUUCGGGCAGAGGAGUGUAGUGCAAUGUAAUGUUGGUGAUAGACCCGGUGUUCUCCUGUGUUCCUUGUCAUCUGGAAAAACAGAGGCAUGCUCCCUCAAUCUCCAGUUAGAGGAAGAAGAAGAAGUCACAUUUUCUGUUUUGGGUCCCAUUAGCAUACACCUUACCGGCUACUACAUGUCUCCAAAUAGGGAAAGACUUGACAAUUCGGAUACAUCUGGUGAAGAUAUAACCGGUGACAGUGAGGAUUACGAUGAUUUCAGUAAUGAUGAUGACUAUGAAGAAGAUUUCAUUGAUGAUGAUGAUAUGAUAGUUUCUUCAGGAGCACCCAAUAGUGGUGUUAGAAUUGAGGAGAUAGAGGAUGAUGAACCUCCAAAAGAGCACAUUAAAGAUACCAUGAAAAAGAAAAAGAAAGAUGAGGAGCAGCAGAAAGCAAUAUCUCCAGUAAAUGGGGCUGUAGGUGACUGUAAAUCUAUCAGCGAUAUCAACAAAAAUGAAUCAGGUCAGGAACUAACUGAACAAGAAAAUCACAUAUCUGAAAGUGAAGACGGAGAUGGUUUUCCCAUUCGUAUGAAAAGAAAGAGAAGAGCAAAUAGCCAGGCAGAACCACUGCCAAAAAAACAAGCGAUAGAAGGGAAUUCUGGAGAUGCAACUGAUCCUUCCAAAUUAACAGCUCCGGAUGUUCCAGAAGAAAGUAAAUUGUCCAAAAAGAAAAAGAAAAAGUUAAAAAAGAAAGGCAACAGAAAUGAAAUGGAAGGUAUCAGUGGAAAUGCUAACAAUGGUUUAGAAAAGAUUGAACAAAUGUCGGUACCAUCAGACAAAGUGGAACAAGAGAUGGAACGUGGUAACAAUGUGAGGACCUUCCCCAAUGGCCUUGUUAUCGAGGAACUGUCAAUGGGGAAGCCAGAUGGCAAGAAGGCUGCUCCAGGAAAUAAGGUGUCAGUGUAUUAUACAGGGAAGUUGAAGAAGAAUGGGAAAAUAUUUGACUCUAAUAUUGGCAGGAAACCAUUUAAAUUUCGCUUAGGGGUGGGAGAAGUGAUAAGUGGAUGGGAUGUUGGUGUUAAAGGAAUGCGUGUUGGUGACAAAAGAAGACUCACUAUACCUCCAGCGAUGGGGUACGGGGCAGCAGGAGCUGGUGAAAUACCAGGAAAUGCCUGGCUAGUUUUUGAUGUAGAGUUGGUCAAUGCCAAGUGAAAUUCUAAGUUUAUUAUGGCGAAUGAAAUUUUGUAGAAUAGGCAUUAUUCAGAAAUAGGCAGCAUUAGUUCGAUUAUAUAUUUUUGGGUUCUUUCCGACCUCCGCUCUUCCUUCUCAAAGGGAAUACUCUUGUAAUAUGAUAUGUAUUCGCAAUGUAAUCUCUACUAGAUUUAGGUUCCAUUUCAUUUGUCGAGUCUAUUAUAUUUGGAGCAUUUGACACGAUAUACCUCGUCCUUCGUAAGGUUACAUUUAUUUUUUCACUUAUCAUACGGUCACCUUCAUUUCCUUACAUUUGAAUUCGGAAUUAAAUGUUAAAAAGGGAGAUGCGUUUCAUCUAAUUACAAUUUAACGACUUUUACUCAA